UUUUCGGGGAGGAGGGGAGGGAGGCGGCUCCUUGCAAAAGUUUGCGCCGACUUCAGUUCGCCCCUCCCUGGCCACCGCCAAGCAUUUAUAUUGACGCGGAAAGGGGAGAACGCACAGUGAGGCACUCUGGCUCAGCGCUUCUCGAGGGGAGGAAAUAAAACCACCUACAACUCAACAGUACUAACCUGUCCCCUCUUCUUCCUUCUUCUACGGACUUAAACUGCACAUAAACGUCUAAGGCAACUUUUCCAAACUUUUCCACAACCAAAACCAGUCGUGGCACAAACUACCGCUCGUCGCGUUCAAGGAUCCUGGUCGGUCCUCCAUGAAAGAGGGAGUGCGACAGCAAACUUGGGGAAAAGAGAUGUCUACGACCGUCUUGUCUGCUUUCUACGACAUGGACUUGCUUUACAAGCAGCAAGAUAAAAGCAUGAACAUGAACGCCCUCCACAUAAACAGCAUGCUGGACAAGAAAGCGGUGGGGGCUCCGGUCACGACUCCGGGCUCCGGCGGCUCCUUCACGCCGGGAUUUUUCCGCAGAAACUCAACCAGCAACGUGGAAGCGAUGAACAACGGUAAUAAAUACUCCAUGGGCUCCUACAGCAGUCUGAAGGAGAACACACCGAGCAGCAACAGCAGCGCCACGGCCCUCAUGAACAAGGAGAACAAGUUCCGCGACCGAGCUUACAGCGAGAACGGAGACAGGGGCGUGCUGCAGCAGAAGCCCGGCUCUCAGAUCAACUCCACCCGCUACAAGACCGAGCUGUGCCGGCCCUUCGAGGAGAACGGGUCGUGCAAGUACGGGGAGAAAUGUCAGUUCGCUCACGGCUACCACGAGUUGAGGAGCUUGUCCCGCCACCCUAAGUACAAAACUGAGCCGUGCCGCACCUUCCACACCAUCGGCUUCUGCCCUUACGGUCCCCGGUGUCACUUUAUCCACAACGCCGACGAGCGCCGGCCCGCUCCGGUCGCCAACGCUAACGUGCAGACAGGGGAGCCCAGGUCGGCUCGCGAGCUGUGCGGCUACGGCCAGAGGGAGGUCCUGCCGCCGCAGCAGCUCGGCUACACCCAGAGGGACAGACCAAAGCUUCACCACAGCCUCAGCUUCUCCGGCUUCUCUACCCACCACGGACUCGAGUCUCCGCUGCUCGACAGCCCCACGUCCCGGACCCCGCCGCCCCCCACCACCGCCUCCUCCUGCACCUCCGCCUCGAGCUUCUACGAGGAAGUGCUGUCUCCCAACUCCGUGUCCUGCAUCAACAGUGCCUUCGCUUUCCCCGGACAGGACUUAAAAGCCUUGCUGGCCCCCCUGGCUGUGCACACCCCAUGCGGCUACGCCAACAACCACUCCACCGGUGCCUACUACGGGAACAUGCAGAGCAGCGUGUGCCCCCCCUCCCCUCCGACCUACAACAUGAGCCACUUGCAGGCGCUGCGCCGCCUUAGCGAGUCGCCGGUGUUCGAGCCCCCUCCCAGCCCGCCAGACUCGCUCUCUGACCGGGAGAGCUAUGCGAGCGGGUCCCUCAGCUCUUCCGGGAGCCUCAGCGGCUCCGAGUCGCCGAGUCUGGACGCUGGAAGACGUUUGCCAAUCUUCAGCAGGCUGUCGAUUUCAGACGAUUAAUCGUGUUUUGUUUUUCAAACGGAUUUAUGGACGGGUCAGACGGGGGUGGGGGUUAAGAAGUCCGAGGGUGUCGGUGAGUGAGGUAGACUGUCCUUCAAGCGGAGGAUUCCGGUUAAGUCCCCCUCACCCUAUGUCAGCAGCAUCCACCCUGCUGAAGUGCCUUUGAGCAAGACAUUGAAUCCCUACUAGCUCCGGGGGUGCUGACCCUGCUCUGACCUCCCUGGAGGGGGGCAAGAGAAGAGAAUUUCACCCACAGGGAUCAAUAAAGCUUCAUACAGUUUAAAGUGUCCUUGACCUGGCAUUAGUUUAGUUGUUUGUUUUUUUUCUGUAUGUAAUAUAGCUGUAUUAAAACUUAGAUAGAAAACAGAAGGCAUUCCAUCAGUGCCUUGCCCAAGGGCUCAUGGCAGCCCCCUCUCCCUUUUGCUCUAUCAGGCAAGCCACACUUUUCCUGGGAUUAGAUGUGUGUGUAACAUGACUUGACAAGAAGAAGAGACUGUAAGCGGUUUCAGAUUUCCUCCCAUCCUGCCAAGAAUAUGCCUUGACUCAAAGUAACAUUUUUUUUUUCUUUUAUCAAAGUGUUUUUUUUUUUUUCUUUCCUCUGAAAGCUUCAACUUCCAUUCCAGAUCUGUCUUCUCCCAGCGCCACCCAGUGGUUCGUUUGGUUAGUCUAGUUUGUUGCUUGGUGAAAAAGCACUCUUGAGUUGGGUUUGUUUGGGGAAAUCACUGCUGAUGGUUGAAUAUAUAUUUUUUUAGCUGUUUUUGAGUGAUUUACAUAGCAGUGCAUAACUGGCUAUGGACUAUUUAACUUAUUUAUUAUCUUGUGAAAAAAGUAUAGGCUACAUUGGUAAUUUGUGUCCAUACUGUAUUUAUCAAGUAUGAUGAAGCAAUAGAUCUAUAUUCUUUUAUGUUUAAAUUAUGAUCGCCAUUAUUAAUCUGCAUAAAGUGGAGUGUAUGUUCUUUUCACAGUAAUAUAUAUAUUUUGUUGUUUUUUUUUCUCCUUUUUUUGUAACUUCACUUGGUUAUUUUUAUUGUUAAUGAGUAAAAAAAUCUUAAUUUAAGAGAACGUAUGUGAUAUUUAUUUCAUUAAUUUUUGUUUCCUUGUUUACGUUUUAUUAAAAAGUUUGCGUGAUUGCUGUUUGCUCCUGAGGUUGUGUGUCAGUGCUGUAGAAGGCUUUGUUUUUUUUUUUUUUUGUUUUUUUUGUUUUUUUUGAGGAUCCCUAUUUAGAUGUUUCUGUAGAAUGUAUAAACAAUGUGGUUGUACAGACCGUCCAAACCUUACUACUUUUGUUGAUCUAGAUCAGACUUCAGUGACAAAGAACCCAAGUCAAUAAAUUAACCAAAAAGUAUUUUUGUUUUCUCUCUGUUUGCACGAGGUCACACUGUGAUUCCAGCCACGUGCUAAAGAAUGUAGCAAUCCCUUGUGCCCCAGUAUUAUUGUGUAGUGCCUAAGGGGUUCACCAUCUUGACAUGCCUUAAAAUUAACCAAAUAAAGUAUUUUUCCUACAUGGCAUCUUUUUAUACACAGAUUGAACUGAAUGUAGUGUUGGAUUCUGAAACUUUUUUCUUUUUUUCUUUUUUUUUUUUUUAGGUUGUUACCACUCAGACAUUCUGAUAAACAACCAUAACCUUUUUCUAAAUCCCCAUUCCUCUUAUUUUGAUCUCCUUUUGCUCUGUUUUUCUUUUUUGAUAUUGAAAUCUAGUCUGAGUCUUGAGAGUUUGCUGGAGAGGGAAGUGGAUGAAAACGUUUGGUUUGUACAUAGUAGGUACAGGGGGAUGCGCACUAUGUACUUUUGACUACUUUAUCAGAAGUAAAGCUUUUUGAAUGUAACAAAAAAACGGACAAAAAGACAACAAGAGUUGUAAUAUUUUUUUGGGGAGUCAGUUCACUACAAAUUGAGUGUGAGACUGUUAACUUUGUACUGUACAUUUUUUGUAGUUCUCCCAAUAAAAAUCAUUUUCAAAAA